AACAGUACACUUGUAACUGAGUCCACUCCAACCCCACCCCACGCUUUUGCCCUUUACGGUACCUUUCCUGCUGCGGCGGUACUACACUCAAGACUCUCCGGCAAACAUUCCUUUGCCAUUUUGUCAUUUGCCUUCCCCACCGUUUACAAUCCUUUUGACAUUUUGCAUUCUUCGAUGAAACUUUCCGAGAGGAUGCUGACCUCCACUUUUACUCCUCCAGAUUGAUUACUCCUACUUAUUUGUGAUCGAUUUUAUUCAUUGACGAGGGGAGCAAGAUCAAGUUAUGGCAAGACCUCAGGUGACCAUCACUCUUGGACGCUCUGGUCAAAAGGUAGUAAGGAGGACGUCGGAUAACUCUGAGGGUUUCCUUAGCGAUGCUCCUGCAUUAUCAGGAACCAAAAGAUCUAGGGCCAAUGGCAGCGCUCAAGAUUCUUUGUUUUACACCAACAAGAGACUCCAGGAGGAUAUAAUUUCAAGAAAUUCCGGAUACACUGGCUCUGCUGAUGUAAGCUUAAGCGGAAAUGACUUACGUCUGAAACUAUUGCACAAAAGAAUGUCCAGGCGAAUUGAGGAACAGAAGAAGAAGGAACUACUGGAAAAGAUGUCGUGGAAUACUCAAUCUUCAGAAGGGCCUGAAAGAUCUCUUUCGAGAAAUAUUGCACCAUUAAGAAGGGCUGGUGAAUCAUUGCGGAUGGAAUCAUUGCAAAGUCUUACAGUUCUUAUACUGUGGAUGGAUUAAGAAUUAAAGCCCCACUAGGAAUCCCCAAAUGUCUGGAGGCAUAUCAUCCUCAAGGGCUAUUGGUGAGGUGCUGCAAUCACCAAUGCCAGUCUUGGCUUCCAGAGCUGGACGUAUGGUGUCUUCUGAUCUCUUGGAUCCUUCGCAAAAGGGCCCUACAUCUAUGAGGGUUAUGGCUGCAACCACAAGGACCAGUCUGGAUCCUAGCAAGCCUUUCAAGGAUCUUCCACCAGCAAGUAGCAGUAUGCUGAGAAACACUUAUGCUGAUGAACAUCUUACUGUCACUAGCUUGUUGCAUUCACUUGGUUUGGGCAAGUACGCCAUCCUUUUUCAGGCAGAGGAGGUGGACAUGGCUGCAUUGAAGCAGAUGGGAGACCGUGACUUGAAGGAAUUGGGUAUACCAAUGGGACCAAGGAAGGAAAAUCCUAAUAGCUAUGUUGCCCGAGCUAAACGACCUUCAGCAGGACUACCUCUGCUGCAUGAAUGCCACCAGCGAUGUAAUUCAGGAAAUUAAAUUCAAAAAUGUGCUACUUU